AUGUGGUGGCGAGCGGUGGUGUUGGCGCUGCUCGUGACAGCGGUCGCUGGUAAAGGGAAGAAGCACCGUCAUCAAAAACCAGGUCGCGCAGUGCUAGACAGACUGAGCAGCACAACGUUAAGUGAGGUGGCUGUGACCAGUGACGCUGGGGGGUAUCUCCCUGCACCGCUGGACGUCGCACUGUAUUCCGUCGUCACUGCUAAUGCAACUUGUGGGGAGAAAGGCGCGGAAGAGUUUUGCCGGGACACACCUGGGAAACGUGGCUUGGUAUGCGAUGUCUGCGAGGGUCGAGACGGCCGAUCAUCACGACGACAUCCAGCGUCAUUCGCAAUCGACAACGACCCAAGCACGUGGUGGCAGAGUCCAAUCAUCACCAAAGAUAAAUACCAACACGUGGAACUCGUUGCUGCUCUGCCAGGGAAAAUGGAGCUACUUCACGUUAUAAUAAAAUCUGGCCCGUCUCCGCGUCCUCUGGCUUGGUCUCUUGAAGUCUCCUCCACGGAAAAUGGCGAUGAUUGGCGGAUGGUCCGAGCGUUUGGUGACAGGGACCACUGCCGUAAAUUAUGGGAUCUUAGACCUGAACGACGAAGGAGAAAAGCGAGAGGAGUAAAAAGAACUAGCCGAGCCGAGAAGCCAUCUUGCUCAACGCAGUUUAUCAGCUCUAAGCCACUUGAAAACGGAGAGAUGCAUGUAGGUAUCGGCGAAGGUGUACCGGCAAGACGUGUGCGUGUAUCCUUUCGAUCUGCGCAUGCGUCACCUCGACACAGCUACUACACCGUGCGGGAACUGACCCUCGCUGCUAGAUGCUUGUGUCAUGGGCAUGCAAAACAUUGCACUGUAGAUCAUAAGACUGUCAAAUGUGAUUGUGUCCAUGGCACUUGUGGUGCGCACUGUCAGCGUUGUUGCUCCGGAGGCGCGUGGCGUGCUCGAGAGCCCUGCGACCAGCCGACAGAUAAAAGCGACUGCUCGUGUGGGGAGCGAGGUGCCUGCUCGUUUGAUGAUACGGGGGCUAUAUUAUGUGUGAAUUGCACGGACAACCGAGCGGGUCCUCUCUGCGACCGCUGUCUCGUCGGAUAUUAUAACAUACUACCAGACGACCCGUGUAGGCCGUGUAAAUGUGAUUCAGAAGGUUCCAAUGGGUCUUGUAAGUGGGAUAGAAAGCAUCAUCGUACAGUAUGCUCUUGUAACCAAGGAUUCAAAGGCGCUCAGUGUGACACUUGUGAGGAUCCAAAUGCUUCCUUUCCUAACUGUUUGGUAGAAGUUACGACUGCGGGUUGCAAGUGUGACCCUCGCGGCAUUGUCGACCCAAGCCGAGUGUGUGAUGAAGUUUGCGAAUGCAAGGCAAAUGUGAUAGGUGAGCGAUGCGAUACUUGUGCUGCGGGGCAUUUUGGGUUGAGUACAUCACUUGCAACCGGCUGUGCACCUUGCUACUGUUCCCAUGUAGCGUCGCACUGUACCGCUGACCUUACUGAAGGAAAGGAUGUAAGGCAGAUUGUGUUGCCGUUGGGCGAGGCGUGGCUGAUCAGCGAUAAUGACACGUCUGAGACUGUUGUUCCUUCCGUCGACGAGUUGGGAAGGCCUUUCCUGAUAAGCUACGAGGUUGAAGGCUGGGAAUCGUACUACUUCGUGACCACAUUAUUGAGUGGCGAGCACUCAGCGGCGUACGGCGGAGCGGUGCGCGCCGCAGUGACGUGGGGCGUCGCGCGCGGGGACUCGGGCGGCAGCGCCUCGCGCGCGCCCGACUACGUGCUGCUUGCUAACGAUGGUACCAAACUCUCAUAUGGUAACUCAAGCUAUGAGAUACCUGGAUUAAUAGAAUUGAAGGCACCUCUAGUAGAAGGCGGAUGGUACUCCGGUUCGGAAUAUGUAUCUCGCAACCAAUUUCUUGACGUUCUCAGCGAUCUCAAGGCUAUCAUGAUACGAGCGCACUUUCACUUCGAUCAAGACGAAGUCCGUCUAGAAAGCGUCGAUAUAAAGGGCUCCCCGGCCGGAGUGCGCGAGACAUGCUCGUGCCCGGCGGGCUACCUCGGCGCGCAGUGCACGCGCUGCGCGGCGACGCACGUGCGCCUGGCGCGCGCCCGCGGCUCUGCGCCCGCCUUCGAGUGCGCGCCCUGCGCCUGCAACAUGCAUGCUGGCUGUGAUUCCGUGGACGGUCCGUGCGGGCCGUGUCAACACAAUACGACAGGGCCGCACUGUGAACGAUGCCUUCCUGGGCAUUACGGGAAUCCUGUUCAGGGUGCGUGCAAGCCGUGCGCGUGUCCACUGUACGAGGCGUCCAACAACUUUAGCCCGAACUGCGCGCUCGCAUCAGCGGAGGGCGACGAAUUCGUGUGCACACAAUGCCCAGACGGAUACUCUGGCGACCACUGCGAACUCUGUGACUCUGGCUACUGGGGCUCGCCAAGUACGCUAGGUGGCUCAUGCGUGCCAUGUGAAUGUGGUGGAGGCCCGUGCCAUGCAAGUACCGGCCGCUGUCUCGUAUGUCCACCGCACAGCGAAGGCGAACGAUGCGAUCAAUGCCAGGAAGGUUACUGGGCAGGCGGAAGUGAGAAUGUUUCUUGUAUACCGUGUGCAUGUGGAAAUGGAGCAUUAUCUCGUGCAUGCGACCCGCGCACAGGACAGUGCACGUGUGCGCCCGGCUGGACCGGUCACGCCUGUGACACUUGUGCAGAGGGACAUGGAGACGUGGAUGAGGGCUGCCCUCCAUGCGCCUGCGGCACAGCGGCAACGACGCGCGCUUGCUCGGCGGUGACAGGGCACUGCGAGUGCGCGCCUGGUGCCGCUCCGCCGCACUGUCACACGUGCCUGUCUGAGCACUAUGCGUUGCAGAGCACGGGUUGUUUUGGAUGCAACUGUUCGUCUGUGGGCGCGGAAAGCAACGUGUGCGACAUCCGCACGGGCCAGUGUCGGUGUCGCGCGCACGUGACCGGCCGCGCCUGCGACACUUGUGAGGAAGGAUACUGGGGCCUGGAGCAGGGCGGGUGUCGACGCUGUGAGUGCGGUGCGGGCGCGGCCGCCUGCGACCCGGUCUCGGGGCUGUGCGCCUGCUCCGUCGGCGUCGGUGGGCCGAGAUGCGACCGGUGCCUGUCGGGGUACUAUGGGUUCGGACCGACGGGUUGCUUACCGUGUCCCGUAUGUACUGAGGGUCGCGUGUGCUCGCCAAUAACGGGCCGUUGCGUGUGUCCGGCGCGCACGCGCGGGCCGGGCUGCCAGCACUGCGCGCGGGGUUACUGGGGCCGCGCGGCCGGCUGCAGGCCCUGCGCCUGCGGACCUGGCGCUGUGUCCGAUAGCUGCGAUGCGGUGACUGGACAGUGUCGGUGUCGCGCCGGCUGGGCGGGGCGCGAGUGUGGGCGGUGUGCGAGCGGGUACUUUGGGCCGCGCUGCCGUCCUUGCGGGUGCUCGUCCGCCGGUACGCGCGGCUGCGAACACGGCGUGUGCGCAUGUGACCAGCGGGGACAAUGUCCAUGCAAGGACAACGUGGUAGGCGAGAAAUGCGAUACGUGCCUGGACGGAACUUUCGGUCUCGAAGCUAGCAACCCAGCAGGAUGCACCGCAUGCUUCUGCUUCGGUCGUAGUGCCAAAUGCACGCAGGCAGAGGUCGCGCGUGCAGCGCUGCAUGCCGCUACACCGCUGCACCUUAAGCUACUGCGUGGAGACCUCGGGACGGUAAACGUUGCUAUGGACCAAGACUCUCUACUCGCUAUCCGCACAAGCAUCCAGGAAGCUACGAUAUCUGUUCCCCGCCCACCUGUACCAGUGUACGCGGAGCUCGGUGAGCUGUUUCUUGGCGACCAUGUAUUAUCUUACGGAGGGGCGCUCCGUUUUCGGGUAGAAGAAGAGGGAGGUGAACCACUUCCACCGCACGUGAUGACUCGAUUUCCACUCGUCAGCAUAUAUGGAAAUAACAUCGUCUUGGAUUAUUAUGAGCGAGUGCCGGCCGUGAAUGGGUCGCACGCAGUACAUCUUCAUGAGUCACUGUGGGAAGUACGCGGAAGCCGCGCGGGCCGCGGAGGACGAGGGGCAUUAGGAGGUACUGUGGCCUCGCGAGGGGCGCUUAUGCUGGCGCUCUCCGACGUGCGACGCUUGCUGCUGCGUCUGUCCACGAGGGCGCCUCUCGCUUUUGAACCGUUACACGUGCUACUGCUAAACGUAUCGCUGGAGACGGCAGUAGCCGGGCUGUCACGCGGUGCACCGGCGCCGGGUGUGGAGCGCUGCCUGUGCCCGCGCGGGUACGAUGCGGCGUCGUGCCAACGUCCCGCAGCCGGGUUUUGGAUGCCACCCAACACACCGCGGUUGCUACGCGUGUCAGGCACCAUCCUAAUCGAUGUUGAGGGUUCACGCCCUUGCGAGUGCCACGGCCGCGCCGUCCGCUGUCAUCCGAACACCGGAUAUUGCCUGAACUGUACAAACAAUACAUCUGGCCCGCACUGCGAGCGCUGUGCGGAGGGAUACUAUGGAACUCCCGAGCGCGGCUGCGAGCCGUGUCCCUGUCCAACGCGGGAGCUAUCACGAGCCACUGCGUGCGCAAUGGCGCACGGAAGAUUGCAAUGCUAUUGUCAACCCGGCUACUCGGGUGCGUCGUGCGAGCAGUGCGCGGCGGGCUGGCGGCGGCGCGGCGCCGAGUGCGUGCGCUGCGCGUGCGACGCGCGCGGCGCGCUGUCCCCGCGGUGCGACGCGCGCGCGCGCUGCCACUGUCGCGCACACGCGGCCGGCGAGCGCUGCCAGCUGUGCGCGCGCACCGGAUACUAUUUGGACGACGAUGGAUGCAAACCAUGUGAUAAUUGCACGCAGACAUUGCUGGAAACGAUGGAGGAGAUGACGAAAGACCUUCGUUCACGCGCUGAUCUCUCAGAGCUCAGCAGGAUACCACAACCUUUUCCGGCAUUACGAGAGUUUGCUAACAACGCGUCUACCUUAAACACAGCACUGCAACACUCUAAGAAAAGUCUGGAAGAUGCCAAAUAUCUUAAUCAAUCUAUCAACGAAUUAGAGGUAGCAGAACAUGAGCUAUUUACUUUAGCAAACAAAUUAAAACUAGAAGCUUCUAAAAGAGAAAUGGAGGCUCAGUCAUUAAGUUUGGAGAGUAUGAGUGGGUUGGAAGAAGUUUUAAAACAAAGAAGGUUUAUAGGCCAGCAAGUAGCGGCAUUAGAUGACUUCGCUAGAGGAGAGAAACACUUGAGUGCCCACAGAGCUAUUAAGGAGGCAAGACAUUUAUUAAAGACAAUUAAAGAAUUAAGUUUAAUAGAUUACAUUGCUGGAGCCACUGAUGUGUCAGAUUCGGCAAAUUUACAAUCGACAUCCGUACAAGAAUACAACUAUCGCAUUGAAGACGCAUUAAAAAGGAUUAAUAAAAUGCAAUCUGAUCUCGACGAUUGGGAGAGGAAGGCGGAGGACCUACCCAGACUAGCUGAGGUGGUGUGGAGUGCGGGCGACACCGUCGCUGAAAUGAAGAAGCGAAUCACACCCAGGUUGGCCAAUGUGAGGGAUUUUGGACUACGCUGUCGCUUGGUGUUAGAGGACAUGUCAAAGAUAUCAACACAGAAUCUAACCGAGGAGACGCGCGCUGACAUCCUCCAUACCCAGAACCUCGCUGUGUCCUUUCCUAUUCUACUCUCCGAACUUCGGAACCUCACCUCGAGCGCUGAAGAGAAAGAAGGAAUCUUGUACAAUCUGACUCCCAAGUAUAAGGAGAAGUACCUUGACGCGGUAAAGAAGCACGUUGGAACGUUAGGAGAGAAAGCUAAGGAGUAUAAAAAUUUGUUUGCGGGAACGCGUGCAGUAGCAUCGGCGGGUGUACAGGCGGCUCGUGCGUGGACGGAAGUGGCGGAGCGCGUGAGGGAGGCUGCCACCGCCGCGUACGCUGCGGGCGUCGCCGCCACGACUGCCGCCAAAUUAGCACGAGGCCCUCAGCCGCUACUGGUUGCCGCCGAGACAGAAAACGCGGCCUCCGACGCGCUCAGAAGACGGGGAGAAGAGCUGAUAGCGAAGGCUGACGAACUCCGCCGGCACCUGGAGGCGGCGCAGCGUGGCACUGACGCGGUGAGCGUAGGGCUGCGCGCGCUGGGUUGGCGCGAGCGCGCGCUUGCGGGCGGCGCGGAGGGCGGCGCGGCGAGUGGGGCGGGCAGCGCGGCCGUGGGGGCGCUGCGGCUCGCGAGCGCGCAGGCCGAACGCGUGUUUGCGAGUAGCCGAGCGCUCUACGACGAAGCGGCUGAGACGAGGCGUCGUGUGCGCUACCAGUUGAGGAGGAACCUCGCCGCGUUGCAACGCCUCGGAGAUACGGCGCUCGGGGCCGCCGAGGAGCAUGUAUCCCAGAUCCGCGGGAAUACACUCCGCGGUCGCGAAGUAUCAGAAGCGUUGGCUGCAGCGGCGGGAGCACGGGCACGCGAGCACGCCACAGCAGCACAUGUGCUCGACCCAGCACUACGUGCGCUGCGCGAGCAAGUAGAGAGGGCAAGGCAUGCUGCUACCACGAUAACAGUAUCGUUGCGGUCGGCCGGUGGCUGCGCGCGCGCGUACUCGGCGUGGAGCGCGCCCGCCGCCACUCGCGCCACGCUCGCGCUUAGCUUCGACUCCGCCGUGCGCGACGGCACACUGCUGUACUUGCCCGACCGGGUACGUGCCUAAAAUGAUUCGGAGCGUUAUAUGCGUCUGUCAGUUGAGAAAGGUAAACUGACGUUGCGGUGGGACGUGGGCGGUGGCGAGGGGGUGGUGACGCACCCCGAACCGUUACAACCUACCUUGGACGACGCAGACCACACCACCUACCGGCUGUACAUAGAGAGAGUGUGGGGCACGGUGCGGCUGCGCGUGGAGCGCUCGGGCGGCGCCGCGCUCACCUCCAGCAACAGCACCGGCAGUGCGCCGGGAGCCGGCCUGUUGCGGCCCGCGCUGUGGUGGCUGGGUGAGGCUGGAGCACCGCUGCCGGCCUGUGUGCACUCGCUCCACGCCGACCAUGCCGCGGUAGGGCUCUGGGCUUUCACCAAGCAGCCCUCCACAGCACGGUGCACUGGCUGCACGCAGAGAUGGUUCAGCGAGGGCCGCGGCAGCGAGGGCCUGGCGUGGCUGGGCGGCGCGGGUUACGUGGCGCUGCGCCGCUCGCGCCGCGCCGCCGACCGGCGCCGCUUCAGCCUCGCGCUCUCCUUCCGCACCACCGACGCAGACGCGCUGCUGUUCCUCGCGCACGACCACGCCAAUAACCGCUCGGUGUCGGUGUGGGUGCGGUCGUGUCGCGUGGUGUUCCUGGUGGUGUACGGCGCGGCGCGAUUGCAGAUCGCGGCGGGCGGCCGGCACUGCGACGGUCGGCCCGCACACGUGCAGGCCACGCGUGUCUUUAACGGCCUGGAGAGAGGCAGCCUGCGCGUGAACGGCGAAGAAACCCUCGGGUCCCCCUCUCCACCCGUCCAGUCUGCAGCGGAAUUACCGGAGCUGUCCGGCUCCACUUAUUGGGUGGGUGGCUUGCCUCCUGAGGGUGAAGACUUGGGAUACGACUCCCUGCCACUGCUGGGGUGUAUAGGUGGACUCAUGGUGGAUAGAGAAGGGUACGAUUUGCUGGAUACGCCCGCACGACAUGGGGUUGAACCUGGGUGUGCCGCUAGGCCCCUCCGAUCAGCGGUGCUGGAGGGCGAGGGGUACAUCGAGCUGCCGUCGCCCGCCGUGCGCCGCAAGACGUCGCUGGGCGUGUCGUUCCGUGCGCGCGCGCCGUCCGGCGUGCUGCUGUACCGCGCGCCCGCGCUCGCGCUCGACGACAACGAGGUGGAGGACGAGGAGGACGACCACCACUAUCUGAUCCUCGCCCUUGUUAAAGGUGAAUUGGAAUUAAAAGCAAACGUCGGAAAGGGGGAACUUUUGUUGAGAGUAAACGGCACCAAGCUUGACGAUGGCGUCCUCCACACAGUGCAGCUGGUUCGAGCUCACAAGCAAAUGGAAGUAUGGGUGGACGAGAAGCUAGUGGGCCGCGGGACUCUUGCCGGCGGAGCGCUCGCUGCGCGGUCUCGCGGUCUGUACGUGGGAGGAGCUCCUCCCACUGACCCGCAGACCACUUCCCCGAACCUACCCGUCGGUGGGUUCACUGGCACCAUUGCUGAUCUUAUUGUUGAUUCCACCUGGGUGGGCUUGGAGACCAGCAUACGGCGUCGAGGCGCGCGACUGGGCCGAGCGGACGGAGAGCUGCGCGCCGCGCCGCCCGCCGAGCCGCGCGCGCUGCACGCGCAGCCCGACCGCGACCGGGACUGCGCCAAGAUGUCAUCAUACACAGUGGAGGCGGGCGCAGUGAAGUUCGGAGACACACCCGGGAGCUACGCGACCCUGCGGCUCGGAAAGGACAAGGAUAGGGGGGCGAAGGCAGAGUUCUCCUUCUCACUGCAGCUGCGCACAUUCGCCAGCGAGGGCGUCAUUAUGCUGUUACCGGGUUCCAAGCUGAAGCCAAAGCAUUACACGGCGCUAUCGCUGCGCGAGGGCCGCGCUCGCCUCGUGCUGCGCGGGCGGCGCCGGCGCGACCUCUCGCUGGCCGCCCGCCUCGACGACGGGCUGUGGCAUACGGUGUCGGUGCGCAUCUCCCGCGGCCGCGUGACGCUGUCGAGCGCGGGCGCGGCCGCCAGCGCGCGCGCGCCGCCGCACUCGCGCGCCGCGCGGCUGUUCGUGGGCGGGCCGCCGCCGGCCGCGCUGGCGCCGCACGUGCCGCCCGCGGCGGUGCGCGCGGGCGGGCUGGUGGGCUGCGUGCGACGCGUGUCGCUCAACGGACGUACCGAGGACCUCGUGCGAGACGCGCGCGCUCACUCUGCAGUGGGGCAGUGCUUCCCGCGCGUCGAGCGAGGCGCAUACUUCGCGGGGGACGCAUAUGCGGAGUGGCCCGACGGCUGGACCGGUGGGGAGGGAGAGGGCGAGGGUGAGUCGGUGGAGAUCAGGCUGCAGUUCAGAGCGGCGGCCGCUUCCGGUGUGCUCGCAGCCGCCGCCGGCGCUCUGCUCGAGCUGAAAGAUGGACUUGUGGUGAUCACGGGCGGCGGGUCGCGCGUGGAGGCCGGGCGGCGCGUGUGCGACGGGCAGUGGCACGCGGUGCGCGCGCGGCUGUCGCGCGGCGCGGCGUGGCUGGCGCUGGACGCGGCGCCGGGCGAGCGCGCGCCGCCCGCGCUGCUGCCCGCCGCGCCCGAGCCCGCCCCGCGCGCCGCGCUGCACGUCGGCGGCCUGCCCGAGGGCGCGGCCGAGCUGGCGGAGGGGCGCGAGAACUUUAAGGGCUGCAUCCGCGACGUGGUGGUGGGCGGCGCGCCGCGCGACUGGCGCUCCGCGCGCGCGCUGCACAACGUACUGCUGGACUCCUGUCCCGUCGCCACCUGAGCCGCCCUUCGCUUCAGUCUGUGUUAUUCGAUGUGUCACCAAAGUGCCUUAUACAGGAAUGAGUUUUAUACAUUUUAUUAGGUAACGCAUAAGUUAAAGCCAUAGUGCCCUCGACUUCAAGCAAAUAAGGUAUAUUGAACAAUUCACGCGUGUAAAGUUAUAAGUACCUUGGAAAUUAAAAUUAAGCAAACGAGGCUAUCUUUAGAGGCUGAUGAUAGAGCGAUGUUUUAAAUGUAAAUACUUGCUUACAGGACGAUUUUAUCUGUGCUCAUAUUUUUUAUACCACGCUAAAAUUAUUUUGUCUAUCAAUAAGUGUCCAUCUCUUAGUGCUUUGGUAGAAUUUUCGGAAAAAAAAAUCAGAGUUAAAGAGUAACUUACUUCAGUCCUUUUAUUUAAUUAUUAGCACAUUUUGCAUAAAUUGUAUUAUUAAUGUAAAAUUACACAUACCACAGACAAAAUAACUUUGUAUAAUGUUCUCCACAGAUAAUGUACAUUAAUGAGUGUUGUCAUCACUAAAUAACUGUAAAUACGUAUAAGAUAACGUACUUACUAAUAACAAACAGUAUUCGUAUGAUAAUUGUAAAUAUAUUUAGUUAAAAUUAAUUAAAUUUAUUUUAUAAUCAUGAUAAUAUCAUGAAAAAAUAUUAUUGAUCAUAUCAACACACACAUCAUAUAUGUACUUUUGUCAUUAACGAGGCAAGGUAGUCAAAUAUCCGAGCUAUACAAGAACACAUUACAUGAAUCCUACUAGGAUUUCUCUGCUGACUCUUUAUUUCGUAUGUGAGUGGAAAGUUGACAACUCGUGAAGUGUUGACAACCUACUAACAUUAAUACGAAAUUUUGAUACCAUGUGUUAUGUAUCAUUUAAUAGAAGACAUGAGUUGAUGACCAAGUUUAAAAUAUUACUUUUUUUAUUUAAACUAAUUUGUGAAAUAAGAAUAAAAAUAGAUUUAUUGAUAAAAAAUUUGAAUGGUACACCUUAUUCCUUGUUAAUCAACACAAACAGAAAUUUAAUGAAAGUAAUAGAUAAAAUCAACACAUUUUUCAUAACGUUCGUAUGACGGAUUCGUAUGAUGAAUCGUAUGAACGUACUUAUUUGACACCUUCAAUUUUGACAUAAAAAAAUGUUGAAUGCCAAGGUACUCACGAGAAUUGAUGUUUAAAUAACAAGUCUCACGCUGACGUCACUCGACGCUCGAAAUACGCUUAGAUCAUCUGACGCUUACUCGUCUGACGCUCGUAGCUGUAGUUAGCCCCCAACCGUGUAUUGAGCGUUAAGAUGUUACACAUCAAAAACCUUACAUAUAACCUUCAUCCACUCAUGUUUUCAACUAUAAUUAUCAAUGUCUUUUUGACAUAUCGAACGUAUAACGAGUUUAGUUUUUUCUUACAAAAUAACUUUACUGCUUAAUUACUGUGGAGGCAAUUAGAAUUAUUAUCAUAUAUAUAUUUGUUUUGAUGAAAAUUACAAAGUAAUUAGGUUUAUAUUUCGAAAAAAUGUAUAAUAGUAUAUGUAUUAAGGCUGAGUUACCUAGCCAGCUAAUUACCUCAAAUUGACUAAAUAAAAAAUAUUGUUAUAUAAACUUACGAAUUGGGUAAAACGUUUUUAUCAAAAACGUUCUACACAAAUGCGACCUUGGAAACUUAAUGUCAUCUUAUCUAAAUAAUUUUAACUUUAAUAAUAUUGUAAACAUCAAAAAGUCCUUUAAGGAAAUUUUAAAUUUCAAUCAUUAUAAUUUACAAUAAAACACUUUUGCAUUUAACUAUACAUUCAGUCACUAGAAUGCAUAAUCGUUUAGAUUUAAUCACAUCAGACGUUUAAUUUUUGUACAUAUUUAAAAAUAGGGUUCAGCUUUAAUAGAGAUAAAUAAGAAAACGCAUAAAACUUAGUACGUUACAGUUGUGAAACGUUUUGUCUAAAAACGUUACAUAUAGCAACGUUUGCAGACAAAAUUGACCUUCAAAUUGUAUUAUUCAAAGUUUCUGAUCAUGCAGGUACAAAAUUACCCAAAAUUUGUUAUAAAAAGAUUUAAAUCAAACUGAUAAUUGAUUAAAUACAUAUAUUACUGCCGCACUGAAAAAUAUAUAACGGUUACUUAAGGCGCCCCUUAGUUAAGGCAAUCAUACAUAAAAGACCAGUUCUGAUGGACGCGCUGGGGACAAUUAUUCUGCAACUAUCAUCGUGGUAACGAGAGCAACAAUGAGGCCUAGCUAUUCCCAGCAUAUAAGCCUACAAGAGGAAGCGAGAGCGAAAAUGAUACGCUUACAUCAAGACCACCUGGCUGAGAAGUAACGCUUGGGACUUGUCCACACUUAAGUCAGCACUAACUGCUCUUCUAUUUAUACCCUAUUCCAAUCAGAGUAAGGAUUAAAUAUAAAGAAACCUUAAAUUUACAUAUUCCAUGAGUUUUAUAGUUUCGCUUUAUUUUGCACUACAUAAUUAAUAUACAAAUUCGACAUUCAAAACGCCAUUUUUCGCAAAUCCAUAAUAAACAUCACAGAUUAUUCAAGAUCUCGACCAAUGAUAUCACUUCAAUUCAAAGCCACAGUUGUUUAAUUGUCUUUACUCUUCUUCUGCUUUGAACAGACUAUAUAUCUGCAUUAUUGGUAUAAGUAGAUCUUCAUCAAGCCUCGUUGGUCUAGUGGCUUGAUGUAAGGCCGCAGACCCGGAGGUCCUGGGUUAAUUCCCAGGUCGGGCCAAUAAAAAAUUAUUGGGUUUUUCUGAAAUUUCUCAGUAACAACCCGGAGUCUGGAAAUCGGAAGUGUGUUCACUCCCGUGCCUCGGUAAGCACGUAAAGCCGUUGGUCCUGCGCCUGAACUCUUUCCGUUCGGAAAGAGAGUUAUCGGAUUAUGAUUAUGAGAUUUAGGGAAUUAAGAGUGCACCUGUUUGCGCACACACUUGUGCACUAUAAUAUCUCUUCCGUAGUUGGCUAAUCUCUCUUGAGAUUGGCCGCCGUGGCCUAAAUCGGUCUGGAGUACAUUAUUAUUAAGUAGAUCUUAAAAUAUUGUUAAUUCUACUAAAAAUCGUCUUAAGUAAUCGUUAAAUGUCUCUGUGUGUCUGUUAGCUCAUAAGCGUUCGUGUUCAAUAAAUUAAAGUGUAAAUAUAAUACUUGUAUAUAAUAGUGUACGUAUUUAUUGUAUGAGAUUCGGAAAUAAAAGCCGAGUUUGGCAAU